CCUCCGCGUAGAUGCCAGGAUGGCUUUCAUGUAGUGAUUGAAACGCACAUUCAAGCAUGCAACUGCAGUCGCUGUACUACGGGCUUCUCGCCCUUUUAAUUGCUCUUCUCAUCCGGAAACUAUUCGCCAGAGUGCAGCAAUACACAACAGCUCGACGUCUAGGCUGCCAACCCGUAAGGAAAUACCCGCACACUCUGCCCUUCGGAUACGAUCUGUUCCGCAAACGAAUCCAGCAGCGAGACGCAGGCCGCCGAAACCAGCACGUCCUCGAACUCUUCCGCGAACACAGCCCGACAUUUGAAGAAAACAUCUUCGGCCAGAGAAUCGUUCAAACUUCUGAUACGCUGAACUUUCAGGCGGUAGGAACCCGACUUGAUGAUUUCGGCAGGCUGGAGCGCCGCUCUGUCGAGCCCUUCUUCGGCCGGGGCAUUCUGUCGCUGCAUGGACCGCCAUGGAAAGAGGCGCGGAGUAUCGUGACGCCGCUCUUCAAGCGAGCGGAGCUGAUGGAUGUGGGCAAGUUUCAGAAGUUUGUGGACCGCAUGUUUGCGCUCAUUCCGAGGGAUGGAAAGACCUUUGACAUGCAGCCGUUGUUGCAGAAGUUGUUCCUGGAUAGCUCGACGGAGUUUAUUUUCGGCGAGACCGUGGACUCCCUCCGCGAUCCUUCGGGGCAAUCGCAGGAGUUCCUCAAUGCCUUCAACCAGGCUCUUGCAGGCGCUGGCAAACGUAUGGCUGUGCCGGGUGCAGCUUAUCUAUACGUCUUUGACAAGACGUGGCGGGAGCAUUAUCGAAAAGUUCACGACUUCAUCGAUGAGUGCAUCGCCCGUCGUCUCAAUUCCGAUCGGAAGCAGAUUCUCUCAGACCGCCGAGAGCGCUACGUCUUGGUCGACGGGAUGGCACAAGCCUAUCGGGAUCCAGUAGAACUGCGCUUCCAGCUGCUCAACAUCUUCUUCCCGGCACGAGAUACCACUGCGAUUCUCGUCUCGAAUACUCUCUUCUGCCUCGCCAGGCACCCCGAGCACUGGGCCGAACUCCGCAAACAAGCCUUGGACCUCGAAGACCAACCACUGACAUUCGAACUUCUCAAAGGCUUAUCUGCAUUCCGCUACACUCUAUUCGAAUCACUCCGACUAUACGGACCGUCCGGGCAAAUCCGCCGCCGCGCUCUCCGCGAUACUACUCUACCCCGCGGCGGCGGACCGGAUGGUUCAUUUCCUGUCUUCGUGCCGAAAGGGACGCAUGUCAUAGUCGACAACUAUCCCAAGCUCCGCGAUCCGCAGAUAUGGGGCGCGGACGUGGAAGCUUUCCGACCCGCUCGGUUUGAAGGAAAGGUGCUGGGAUGGGAUUUCACCCCAUUCUUCGGCGGGCCGAUGAUUUGUCCUGCCGUCAAUCAGGUCAUUUCGCAGAGUGUGUAUCUGUUGGUGCGCCUGGUGACGGAGUUUGAGCGAAUUGAGAAUCGCGAUGAGUGUUGGGAGUAUGUGGAGCGGGCUCGCAUGCUGGUGGAGAGUGCGAAUGGGAUCAAGAUUGCGCUGUAUCCUGCCAAGGGGUCGAUAUAUAAUCAAGAUAAGCUCUAACUAGGUAGGGUAGGAAGGAGGGCAGUAUACAAACGAAGGAGAAAUGGUACUCUCUGCGCGAAGUUUACAGAGAAUAGUGUUAUGAAUGAAACGGAAGCGACAGUGUGCUGG